CCUGGUUUCAUUCCCUCUUCACACACACAACAAACAGGGAAAAAAGGAAAUUAAAAUUAAAAAGAAAUACAGAGAGAAACGGGGGAAGGCGUCUUCCUCUCUCGUGGUGCUUGGAAUUCUCCAUUCCAACGGUAUCUCAUUCCCCUGAGAAACGUCGCGUUUCCAGGGAAAGAGAUGUCGAUCGCCAUGAAAGAGGAGGACGCCUUGAAUUUGAAGAAGCUCGUCCGAAAGGUUUUGCGCAAUAAUUCCAUGAAGAACCUCUUCAAAUCCAAAAAACCGCGCCCUCCCGCUCAGACCGUGCGUGAUAUCAAGACACUGCUCUCCUACAUCUCUUCUGAUUCCGAAGAUAGCAGCCCCAGGCUCCAUGCCAAGCUGGCGCAAUUGGAUGCCGACGUCAGAGAGGUCAAGUCAAUCCUAUACGGAAUUGAGGAAUCGGAACCGGUUGCAGAAGCGUGCGCUCAAGUGACUCAAGAGUUCUUUGCUGAUGACACUAUGCGACUCCUCAUUCUCUGCCUCCCCAAAAUAAACUUCGAGACUCGCAAGGACGCAACGAGAGUAAUUGCUAAUUUGCAAAGGCAACCGGUUCAAUCGCGGUUAAUUGCUUCCGGCUACUUAGAACAGAAUCUUGAUCUUUUGGACGUUAUGAUUACCGGGUACGAAGAUCCUUCCAACGCUCUGCAUUACGGAGGCAUGUUAAGGGAAUGCAUACGACAUCAGGUGGUCGCUUGUUAUGUUUUGGAGUCAUCACAUAUGAUGAAGUUUUUCGACUACAUUCAACUUCCAAACUUUGAGAUUGCUUCGGAUGCUGCUGCUACCUUUAAGGAGCUUAUGACGCGUCACAAAUCCACCGUUGCAUAUUUUCUCAAAGAAAACUAUAGCUGGUUCUUUUCUGAGUUCAACUCAAAGAUGUUGGAGUCUCCAAAUUACAUGACCCGCCGCCAUGCUGUGAAGCUUCUAGGAGACAUGUUGCUCGAUAGAUCUAACUCAGCGGUCAUGGUGCGCUACGUCAGCUGCAAGAACAAUAUGAUAGUUCUCAUGAAUCUUCUGAGGGAAACGCACAAGUGCAUACAGAUCGACGCAUUCCAUGUUUUCAAGCUAUUCGUGGCGAAUCAGAACAAGCCUGCUGAUAUCAUCACCAUUCUGUGUGCCAACGAAAACAAACUUUUGCGCUUCUUUGACGGCUUCAACUAUGACAAAGAGGAUGAGAUGUUUGAGGCGGACAAAGCUCAGGUUGUGAAAGAUAUCAGGGAACUCGUGGCGACAACGCCAGUGGGCUGCUCCGGUGAAUUGUUGAAACCCGUUGUAGACUAACUUCAACAAUCUGUUCAUAACAUAUGAAGUGUCUAUAAUUUUUUCCCAGUA